CUGUUGUCAGUGUAUAAAGUUUUACAAAGUUAUUGAUUCCUUAAAAGCUGAAAGGCAUAAACAUCGCCUUAACAUGAAUUUAAAAGUUAAUUCUAAAAUAAGUAAAGACUUGUGGUGGGAAAAUGCAUAACAUUCUGUCCUGUAGAGGCUUGUCCUCUGUACCCUUUUCAUCCUCUCGGAUCCAAAAAAGGAGCUGUCUUUGCAGCAGUGAAAUUUCCAGUACUUGCCCUGACUGAAAUUCAGAACUGUGUUAGGUGCGUGGGCUGCUUGUGAAGUUAAUGGAGAUAAGUAGGACUUCAAAAGAGGAGCAGCCGGCAGCCUGCAAACUGAGCACUUACUGUACCACUAGUCACUGAGGAUACUCAAAAAUCAGGAAUGGAUCUUUCCUGUUCUACCCGGUGGUGGUUUAAUGUAAAAUGUAGGAAGAGCAGUGGACUUGAGUCUCUGCCUGCUUCUGAAGUGAGCGUGCUGGCUGCUUUGCUUCUGGACCCAUAGAUCCUGGAUUACUUGCUAGUGUUACGCAUGGCUUCAGGAUUUAAAGGACAGAAGGGACGAUACGUGAUAGAAUGGAUGAACAGCCACAAGGCAUGCAGGGGCCUGCUGCUCCACCGUUUCAACCACAGAAAGCUUUGCGACCUGACAUGGGCUAUAAUACACUUGCCAAUUUCCGAAUAGAGAAGAAGAUUGGCCGAGGGCAGUUCAGUGAAGUUUACAGAGCAACCUGCCUAUUGGAUGGGGUACCAGUAGCACUGAAGAAGGUUCAGAUAUUUGAUUUAAUGGAUGCCAAAGCCCGUGCUGACUGCAUCAAAGAAAUAGAUCUUCUUAAGCAACUGAAUCAUCCAAAUGUAAUUAAAUAUUACGCCUCAUUCAUUGAAGACAAUGAACUGAACAUAGUGUUGGAAUUGGCUGAUGCUGGGGAUCUCUCUAGAAUGAUAAAGCAUUUUAAGAAACAGAAGAGGUUGAUUCCUGAAAGAACAGUUUGGAAGUACUUUGUUCAGCUUUGCAGUGCCUUGGAACAUAUGCAUUCUCGUCGUGUUAUGCACCGAGAUAUAAAGCCAGCUAAUGUGUUCAUUACAGCAACAGGGGUAGUAAAGCUUGGAGACCUUGGACUUGGUCGAUUUUUCAGCUCCAAAACCACAGCUGCACAUUCUUUAGUUGGUACACCUUAUUAUAUGUCUCCAGAGAGAAUACAUGAAAAUGGUUACAACUUCAAGUCUGACAUCUGGUCUCUAGGCUGUCUGCUGUAUGAGAUGGCUGCUCUGCAGAGUCCCUUUUAUGGUGAUAAAAUGAACUUGUACUCCCUGUGCAAGAAGAUAGAACAGUGUGACUACCCACCUCUCCCUUCAGAUCACUACUCAGAGGAACUGCGACAGUUAGUUAAUAUGUGCAUCAACCCGGAUCCAGAGAAGCGACCAGACAUAACCUAUGUCUAUGAUGUAGCGAAACGUAUGCAUGCACACACUGCGAGCAGCUAAACAGACAUCAGAUCCUGAAGAAUAAAGCGGAGAUAACCAAGUGUUUUAAGUAAAUCAGCCCACCUCUUUGUUUAUAUGUUACUGAAAUGUAAUUAUUUGAAGCUUACUGUUGUGCUUUGAAUUGUAAACCGAUUUAUAUACAAGCUUUGUUGUAUUAUGUUGAUUUCUGUUUUUUGUAUUUUUACUAACUUGCAGUUCUACAACAGGUUUAAAUAUGUAAAGCAUAACAUUGAAAGAUACCAGGAACCACUGUUUUCCAUGCUAAGUGGGUUCAAGUAUAUUUUCUUUAAUAACAAAUUUAUAUUCAGUUGGGCCUCAGUUCUAAAACACAGUUGCACUUUUGCACACGAUACAGAUAUUAGGCUUGUUAUCCAGAAGCAAAAUGUCUGAAUCUCUCACCUUUGUACUAAUUUAUGGAAAGUAUGAAUCAUCACAGUUAACUUUAUUUUAAUCUUUGUUCUGAGAGGGACAUAAUUAUUAUAGAAGGUUAUUGUAUUUUCUUUUUAAUUGUAGUUUGCAGUUCUUACCGUAAGAGUAGACAGGUGAUUGGAUUAGUACUCUGCUUGCCAAAUGUGAUGGGAAAAUAGUUUCAGGAAAAAUUAUCAUGCUGAAAUUUUUGUAACAUCCCUUUUUCUUUUGCUGUUCUGUCAUAAUACAAAUUAAACAUUUGUUGGAGGUUUUCUGGGAAAAUUUGAGGUGUUGAUUCUGCAGUCUGAUCGUUUCCAAUAGACUUGUGCAGCACUGCCCUGGGGCAAUAGGACUCUGCAUAGUUAAGCCUUAAAACCAUGCAGAUUCUUCUUGUAGCAAAUGGGAGUCUUUUGAGGCUAGUGUUUAUGAGACUGAUUAAAAAAAGUGAUCUUUAAGUCACAGCUUCCCAGUUGUUUACAUCACUGUAGAUUUUUGUGUUUAAAAUUAUUUGAAUCACAGUAUGCUUAAAUUUUAAAUUUUUUUUAAAUCCAGAAACCCUUCUUUAAAUGUGCAGUAGUACAGUAUAAUACAAAAUGUAUUCUUCCUGAAUAUUUGGUUUUGUAUACUUAUAUCCUGAGAAUUAGUUUUAUAUUUAGCAAAAGUAAAUAUUAGCUUUUAUGUUUAAAAGAGAGUUGCCACGCCUUCAUUUGGGAAAUAUAUAUAUUUGCAAAAUGUUUUUACAAAUACCUUUAUUAGUUAAAAGAAAAUUCAGAAUAUUCUUGUUAGACCUUAAUACCUUUUUGGGUAUGCUUAAAUAAUAUUUUUAUUGUGAAGGAAGGAAGAUGUCUUGUUUUUAAAUGUGGUAAAAAUGGAGAAUGAACUGAAAUGUCUUGUUUCAAGACUGCACUUUGUAUGCAGAACUGUCAAAACAUAAUUAUACUGGUGGUAUUGGUAUACGGACACUAUUACAGUCAGUUAAUCUUUUUUUUCCUCAUGUGGGUAAAAGAAGUUAGGUUAAAUAAAAGCAAUGGUAUGUACGUACACAUUCACAUAUAAGUUCUAGAGGCAGUCUGUUCUCUGCAACUGCGCAGAAUUUUUUUUUUUUGUUUCUAUGUGCAGCUUUAAUUUUUGAUUCAUAUAAUACUGAAGAAUAAAAAUCCAGCUGUAUGGUUUGUUGCAUGAAAUCUUCAAGCUUAUACUAGGAGUUUUUCUGGUUUUGUAUUUUUUAAAACUACAGAUACUAUGGAAAUUGUUUGGCAAAACACAAGAAUUUUUCAAUAGUAUGGGGCAGAUCAGAGCUUAUCUUAAUUCCAGGUUUUGUAGGACAAAUCCUUAGUUUUCCUUCUAGCUUCUGUAGGACUUCAGUGGAAAAAUUUGUAGGGAGGAAGUGUUAGAGGAACCUUGGUUUGUGAAUAGCAGCCUCUAGAUUUUUCAUGUAUUAUCUGAUUGUUGAAUUUUAAAAAUGAUGGUUAUGUUCUGUAACAAUAGUUCACAUGUCAUAGAAUGUAAUGGUUUGUAUUGGAAAAGGCAGCACAAUACUUGCUUUACUGCCAGGAUUAGCUCUUAAUAUGCACAAGUACUCAAACCAUUAUUUUUUUUCCUGAAAUGUACUAGAACAUUAAAAAAAUCACUGAAAACCCCAAUGCAGUCAGGCUAUUUGCAUGUAAUAUUAUGCAUCAAGUAUUGACCUUUUCCUGGAAGAAACCAAUAAUAGAUAUUUCCCCCCCCAACACUUUCUGUCUAGAAGGACACAUUGGCUAAACAAAUCAUGCGUUAAGAGUCAGCAAAUGUGGGUACUUAAGCAUUUAAACUGUUAUUGGUUUUAAUAUUUAUUUUAAGCUAUAGUAUUACAUGUUUAUUUUCUUUAAAGUGAUCAUGUUACGUUUCUAACCAAAAUGUCUGACUAGCUCCUCCUUUAAUCUCAGUAAUGCUACAGUAUUAACUUGCUUCAUGAGUGAAAUUUGUGCUUUGAAUUACAUUGUGUAAAGUCUUUGUCCUGCCUUGAAAGCUCCCCUGCUAUGCAGUAGUCUAAUCGAAAUAAACCAUACAGAUACUAAAUAGAAUGUAAAAAUUGAUAGUGUUUCUAUUGAUAUUUUUCAGACUUUUUUUUGUUACAUAUGUACUAUAUAUAUGUUACAGUAGAUAUUACCUAUCUUGUCAACAAUUACUGCUUCCAGUAGUUGAUUAUAGGUGAGUUUUUCUUGGACUGUAACAAAAGAAAGUACAUUAAAAAAUCUUUUUGUAUUAUUUGUCAAAAAAAUCUAAAAAUACUACAUUGGAUAUAGUCAAAAUAAACCUAAAUUUAAUCUAAAUUAUAAUUUAAUUUUUAAUUUAAUUUUUAAUCUAAAAUGUAAACACAAAUUAUUUUCAAACCAUAUGAAGAUAUCUGAAAAGCGUAAAAACAACGAUGAACUGGCAUUAUGGUCCCAGUGCUGUGAGCUCCUGUUUAUACACAGGCUGGUUUGUAUGUAAUUUUGAGUGAACUUCGUUUAUACGCAGGAAUAAAAAGUAAUCAUUAGCAUAUCUGGAAAUGGCACGCUCACUUCUUACGCUUUUUGUUUGUUACUGGUUUGGUAACAGGGAAUAAUGUGCUUUCCUCCCCCCUUCUGUUGCACUCUAAUGAUCCAGUUACCAACUGUACGAGCAGGCAGUAGGAGUAUGUUGUCUUUUUGUAAUGAGCGGAAACUUUAAAAACAUGCCAAUGUACUGGAAGAUGAAAUACAGUAUUAGAAGUAUCAGAGAAGGCUGGUGUUUGUUCACGCUCACGAUUAAGAAAGCCAUAGAGUAUAAUUCUUGACAGAGGCUUAGAAAUGGAGGAGGACUACUUAUGCCAGUGGUUUUCGGAUAUCUCUGAAUGGGACCCAAAAUCGCAGUACGUUUGUUUUCAACAAUCUGUCCACUUAAUCUCUGUCUUUGCUGUUACAUCGCAAGAUGAGAAUCUUAAAUGAUGAAUUUGAAUGCUGGUAGUGAAUACUGCAUCAGGUAUUUGAGCUUCUAGGAACAGGAGGUUGAUCCGAAGGCCUUCAAAUGUUGCUUUGUGGAGAGUUAAUUUAAUCUUGGAAGUAAAGAUUCUGGUUAGCAGCAUUCACUGCUUUCAUCAUUUUUAACACUUUAACAGUCGAAAGUUUUUUCAGCUCUGACAUAGCCCCUCCCCCCGUCAUCUAGCCAGUGGCAGUGCUAGUCUUCUGGAUUUCUGAUCCCUAGUUUGGUCUGAGUGAACAACUAAACCUUCCUGGCAAGACAUCCCAAGGAGGGAAGUGCAGGGUGCUGUGUAUGCCUGGUAAGGUGUUACUUAUGUUUCUGAACGUGACUGAAAAACAGAUUUUUUAAAGUUCCUUAUCAAACUUCUGUUCCCUUCCUGAACACUUUGUUCUUCAGUUGAUGCUUUUAAAAAAUGGUUUCCCUUUCAAUUCACUUCUGAAAUCCUAUGAUUUCUGUUUUCCACUGCUUCUGCUCCAUCUACCCUGUCGUCUGCUCUACCCUCUUCGUUACUUGAAGCACUCUGUGUCUAGUUUUCCUAGUGGCCAUUAGUUUGCUUGUGAUUUUGCUAAACUCAACCCAUUUCUGUCUUAUCAAAUUUUAUCCCCUACCAUGGUCAAGCCCUACAUUUUUUUUUUUUUACUGAUAAGUACUUAACUCUGUUGUUCUUCAUUCUAUUUUCCAGCCUGAUGCGUUUGAUUUCUAGUUUUAGACUGAUUUUCUCACUGCCUCAAUCAUUCCUGUGACCUUGUCUUUACUAAAUACUGUUCACUUUAUUAUCUCUCAUUUCUAAAUUCCCUUUCUCUGAUCACUACCUUGCUCUCUUUCAGCUCAUCUGUCUUUCUCUCUCCUCUACCCUGUCACUCACUCCUUUUGGGAUCUCCCAUCUAUUAACCUUUCUGACUCCUUCCUUCAUUGGCCUCACUUCCUUUGACUCACUGGUCUUUAUUUUCAUCUCUGUCUAUUUCUCUUAUAAAUGGUUUCUUUGGUUGCUUCUCCACUACCCUGCCUCCAUUCCUCUCUCUAGACAUUUCUUUUGUGUUUUCUUAAUUUCCGUUCCUGCCUUUCCAAAUAUCUAUGAACACUAUGUCAGCACAACACAGCUUUGGACCCAGCUCUGCCUUAUCUCUUUUCAUUCUCCUUCCAAAUGGACUUUUUAACAACUUUUAUCCCACCUUCUUUUCCUGUUGCACUUGCUUGCAGAUGUGCCGUUCAUUUUUAAUUCUGUUCAUUCUUGUUACAAAAUGUGUCUUCAGAACCAAUUCUGAUUUUUGCAUGAUGAGAUCCUUUUCAAAAUGUUCUACUUCUCAGAAACUGUUUCUAAACUGGACAUUUCUGCCUCUUAACAGACAGGAGUUUGCCCCUUUUAUUCUGUUUCUUUUAUGUUUCUCUCCUUUCAUUGAAUGACUUCUUCCUCUUUAAAUCCUCCUCUCAUUUCCUUCAUUAGCAACCAAGUUUCUCUUUCCUCUGUCUUGAAGGGGUUGGCACCCAUGAUCCUAACUGGUUCUCUUUUUUAAAACUUUGCUCCUUAUUUCCUGUUUGUCAUCCCCUAAUUUCGUGUACUUGAGUAUCCUCACUCCAGUUUGUUUUCAAAUUUUUAGUUUUUCACUUUUAAUUGAAUGUGCAACCCCCCCCCCCCCAGUGCUUCCUCCCUCCGUGUGGUACUCGCAGAGUUCUAUCUCCAGAUGAUUCCCUGAGUUAUCCAGCCACGGUCUCAGACCUGUUCAGAUUCAAAGAUCCUAUUUUUAUUCCUAACUGCUCUAGACCAUUUUCUAACAUCCCUGACAUUUUACUUGCCUGCUUUCCAGGGCUGCAACCUUUCUGUCUCUGACACUUCUUCCAUGUUUGGGUAUCAAAUGUCUCAACGUUGUUAGUAUCAAAUUCCAGCCCUCUUCACUAUCUGUGUUCUUUCUUAUCUUUUAUCUUCACUGUUUUAACCUCUGUGUCAUUUUGACUUCUUUUCUCCCUUCAAAGUAUCAAAAUUGACAAGACUAAACUACUGUCUUUGGGCUUUAGCUGUUUCAUGUGCUGAAAAAGAAACUCCACCAAAUUACUACUUUUUUUUUUUUGUUUUUAAGACACUUGAGUCCCACAGAUUUGGUCUUAUUUCAGGACUAUAGUGCUGGAGUAGAUUCUAUUCUUCCAAGUACUUCCAGAAGUCCUUGAAUAUGGGUCCUUGAUUUAGUUUUCUACUGCUUCAGAAGUUUUUGCUCUUCAUUUCUUUGUAUUUACUGUAUAUAACUUUGUCUUACCUUGUUUCUGCACUCACAGCUAGCAGUUGUUUUCUUGUUAUAGCAACUUGAUUUCAGUGCUUUUACCAUUGCUUGAAAUAAGAAUGUACUUAAGAGCUUCACUGGCUGGAACCAGAGUGUUGUGCACUUUGUUACUGUCCCACCCCUUAAACUGGCGUCUUUUCUUUAUUGCCCUCUGUAUGUUGUUUAUCUGAAGAUACGCUAUAUUACACUGUGGAGUAGUGUAGAUACAGUUGAGCGAGUAGUGUAGAUACAGUUGAGCCACCUGCAAACAAGGUAGCUAGUACACUUGCAGCUAUACUGCAAAUUCUUAUCAGCAGCCAGUUUUUUGUCCUAUAGGUCUAGAACUGUGCUCUGCUGUACUACUUCUCUAUCCGUGCUCCCCUAAUGUAAAGCCAAAUCAGAUCUGCCUGCGUGGUGGACUGCAUGUGUUUUUGUGUAGGUGCACUAUUUGACUUCCCAAUUCUAGCAGUCUUUCAGAUUUGGAAGACGUAUGUUUGCAGAGAUUCUCUGUUGGUCAAGUUGUCUGACUUUUUGGACUGCUCUUAAUUAUCUUUACAUAUAUAUUGAGGUUGAGAAGCAAAAUUCUCCAUAAACAAAGAAGUUUGGGACUGUAAGAUGUAGAGGUGAAUGUCAGAUUCAGUUUGUGUGUGAGUAUAUGCACAUUUAAUCACUGUUUAUUUGCACCAGAAUAAUUCUUUUCCCUUAGAGGAUCAGCUGCUUGUUAGCACAAAACAAAGACUUUUAUAGUAUUUUUCAGGAUUUAUAUUUAUUUUUUGUUGCCAAUUUGUAUCUUGUCAUACCAUUAGUUAGUUUGUUGUUGUACAAUUGCCUUAAUGAUUAGUAGAGGCCUUAUACCUUUUGUCUAAUUGAAAUUUUCUGUUCGUAUGGAAAUAAGUUAAGAAAUUAGUUGCAUUGAGUCUUUCCUAAUAGUUCUGCUUGCUUUGCAUUUAAAUCCUAGCCACAGAAAGAGGUCUUGAACUGGACAGAAACAGUCCCCAAGAUAGAGUAGAGAUGUUUGGGGUUCCCUGCUUCCUCUCCACCCCCUAGCUCUUCAUUAUCUGGCUUCUCUGGUGCACUUGCUGGGAGCAUGGCACUGCCAGUGUAUUGAGGGCUAAUAGAAGCUUGGAAACUAAAGUGUUUGUUACCUUGCUUGUCUUCCUGUGGUGUCCUUUCUCAGUGUGAAUAGGAAAUCUCCCUUUUAAAAACGUCUAGGAAGAUCUUUGGUAUUGUUAUACAUUCAUUUAUUGCUCUUUCCACAUUUGGCAUUAAAAAUGUGUGUUUGCUGUUACAAAGAGAAUUUUAAAUCAUGCAAAGGCUUUUAGUUUGCCUUUUAAUGUGGUGUUGGUACUCUUCUGUACACUUCAUUUGCUUUGAUUUCAGUGAUGCUGGACAGUUGAUUGUUAAAGAUGAAUAUUGCAUUUUCGGGUAAGAUUUUGUUGGGAGAGGGGAAGAAGGGAAGCCUUCAUUGAUUUGUUUUAAUUUGGCUGUUGAUUCUGCUUGAACCAAAUUGUGGAAUCAUUCAAGUUGGAACGAACCUUGAGAGAGGUCUCUAGUCCAGUCUUCUUCUGAGGACAGAAUCAAUGCUGGAUUCAGACCAGGGCUCAGGGCUUCAGCCAGCUGGAUCUUGAAAACCUCUAGAGAGAGAGGUUCUGCAGCUUCUCUGGGCAGCCUGUUCCAGUGUUUAGCGGGCUUCACUGCAAACCUUGUUUUCCUUAUGUUCAGUCAAAAACUCCUCAGUUACAAAUUAUCACUGUUGUUUGUUCUCCUGCCACUCCUGAAAUGUUCUUUGUAUUGCAAAAAAAGGUAAGUCAGAUAUUGAAACAAGCAGAGAACAUACGAUGUUUUAUUUUUCUGAAACUGUUGUUACAAACAAAUGAAUAUAUUUCUGUACUUCUGCAUCCUGUAUGACGUGUACACUUUAUUCAUUUACUACUUGAGUGUAAAAUAAAAUUUUUGGCAG